CCUCCUUGGCCUCGGGAGUCUCUUGUUGGGUGGCUGAGCCAUCACUAUCCCUCUGGUGAUCCCUGGGGCUGCAAGGGCACAGGGUGCCGCUGGUGGCACAGUGCUGGCUCAGCAGGGUGGGGGCAAUCAUGCUGUGACAGUGCUGUGAUAAACGUGGGAUAGGUGACGCCUUGGUGCCAGCGUUCCACAGCCCCUCCUGCACCUCCAGAGCCACCCAAAUGCUAUCAGGCAGAAUUAGGGUGGAAAAGGGCAAGGAUGAAAGGGCUAGGGAUAGCUCAGCCUCAGAACACCAAUUGUUGCUGGAGGAGUUUCAGAACAACUGUAUUCUGAUUCUGACUAUGCUGGAGAGUCCCUAGUCCCCAAGGUGUCCUCUCUCUGGCCACUCUCUGCUCCAACUGAGGGACCUCUGGCCACAUCCAGUCCAACCCAUGGGGAUCCCCAGCACCAGGCUGGUGAUGCCUUGGCACACAGAGAAGCCAUGGAAUGAAACAGAAAGUGGGUAGUUGCAGGCGGGAUCCAACCCAUGCUGGCAGCCCCAUGCUGGGUAGGACAAAUGGGACAACUGCACCUUUCUAUGUGGUUGGAGCCAUUGGAGGUGGCUCCAACAUGGCCCCAUAGGUUUUGGUUGCUUUGGAUCCCCCAUGGUUGGGAUUGGGAGCAUCUCUGCAGCCUGCUCGGUCCCCAUCUCCCAUGGGGACAUGGCCACUGGGACCUGCCCUGUCCCCUCCCCAUGCAUGGGUUGGGGAUCGUGGUGGCUCAGUGCCAUGGGAAGUGGGUGCCACCCAGGUGUCACUACCCUGAGAGUAAUGGGGCUCUGAGGGGGAACCUUGAGGGAUGUGAGGACCUUGACUCAAGGUUCUUCCUGCCCUUAUAUGGUGAACAUGGGCUGGGACAGCUGGGGACAAAGGUCUCUUCUCUGCUGGCACCCCAGCACUUCCCCUAGGUACACGCACCUUGUGCUCAGCUCUGCGGGGAAGGUCCCCCUGCCUGCAGCCAGCACCAUGGUGGAGCUCAGCAAAAAGGUCACCGGGAAGCUGGACAAGACCACGCCGGGCAUCCAGAUAUGGAGAAUCGAGAACAUGGAGAUGGUGCCAGUGCCCACUAAAAGCUAUGGCAACUUCUACGAGGGGGAUUGCUAUGUGCUGCUGUCGACACGUAAGACUGGGAGCAGCUUCAGCUACAACAUCCACUACUGGCUGGGUAAGAACUCAAGUCAGGACGAGCAGGGGGCAGCCGCCAUCUACACCACGCAGAUGGACGACCAUCUGGGCUCUGUGGCUGUGCAGCACCGUGAGGUCCAGGGCCAUGAGAGCGAAACGUUUCGUGCGUACUUCAAGCAGGGACUCAUCUAUAAGCAGGGUGGGGUUGCCUCAGGCAUGAAGCACGUGGAGACCAACACCUACAACGUCCAGCGCCUGCUGCAUGUGAAGGGCAAGAAGAAUGUGGUGGCUGCAGAGGUGGAGAUGAGCUGGAAAAGCUUCAACCUGGGUGACGUCUUCCUGCUGGACCUUGGCCAGCUCAUCAUCCAGUGGAACGGCCCUGAGAGCAAUCGUGCUGAGAGGCUGGGGGCGAUGACCCUGGCCAAGGACAUUCGGGACCGAGAGCGUGCGGGACGUGCGAAGGUUGGUGUGGUGGAAGGUGAGGAUGAGGGGGCCUCACCUGAGCUGAUGCAGGUCCUGACAUAUGUGCUGGGGGAGAAGAAGAACAUCAAGGCAGCCACAGCCGAUGACCAAGUGCACCAGGCGCUCAACAGUGCCCUCAAGCUGUACCAUGUCUCUGAUGCCAGUGGGAACCUGGUCAUACAAGAGAUAGCAAUUCGCCCCUUGACUCAAGACAUGCUCCAGCAUGAGGACUGCUACAUCCUUGAUCAAGCUGGUCUCAAGAUCUUUGUGUGGAAGGGAAGGAAUGCCAGCAAGGAGGAGAAGCAGCAGGCAAUGAGCAGGGCCCUGGGCUUCAUCAAAGCCAAGAAUUACCCGUCCAGCACCAGCGUGGAGACGGAAAAUGAUGGGUCUGAGUCCGCUCUCUUCAGGCAGCUCUUCCAAAAAUGGACUGUUCCCAACCAAACCAGUGGGCUGGGCAAGACCCAUGCUGUGGGCAAAGUGGCCAAGGUGGAGCAGGUGAAGUUUGAUGCCACCACAAUGCACGCCAAGCCUGAAGUGGCUGCCCAGCAGAAGAUGGUGGAUGAUGGAUCUGGGGAGGCAGAGGUCUGGCGGGUGGAGAACGGGGAGCUGGCGCCUGUGGAGAAGCGGUGGUUGGGCCAUUUCUACGGCGGGGACUGCUACCUGGUGCUCUACACCUACUAUGUGGGGUCCAAGGUGAACCGCAUCAUCUACAUCUGGCAGGGCCGCCAUGCCAGUACGGAGGAUCUGGCCGCCUCGGCCUACCAAGCUGUUAUCCUGGACCAGAAGUACAACAACGAGCCCGUGCAGGUGCGCGUCACCAUGGGCAAGGAGCCGGCCCACCUGAUGGCCAUCUUCAAGGGCAAGAUGGUGGUGUACGAGAAUGGCUCCUUGAGGGCAGGGAACACAGAACUGGCAUCCUCCACUCGGCUCUUCCACGUGCACGGCACCAAUGAGUACAACACCAAGGCCUUCGAAACACCUGUUCGAGCUGCUUCUCUCAACUCCAAUGAUGUCUUUGUGCUCAAGACACCCGGCUGCUGCUACCUCUGGUAUGGGAAGGGCUGCAGCGGGGAUGAGCGUGAGAUGGGCAAGAUGGUGGCUGACAUCAUCUCCAAGACUGAAAAACUGGUGGUCGCUGAAGGGCAGGAGCCACCCGAGUUCUGGGUAGCUCUGGGCGGCAAGACCAGCUAUGCCAACAGCAAGAGGCUACAGGAGGAGAAUCUCUCUGUGCCACCCCGGCUCUUUGAAUGCUCCAACAAGACAGGCAGGUUCUUGGCCACUGAGAUUGUCAACUUCACCCAGGAUGAUCUGGAUGAGAAUGACGUUUACCUGCUGGACACUUGGGACCAGAUUUUCUUCUGGAUCGGGAAAGGUGCCAAUGAGUCAGAGAAGGAGUCUGCAGCAGUGACAGCACAGGAGUACCUGCAGAGCCACCCUGGCAGCCGUGACCUCGACACCCCCAUCAUUGUGGUGAAGCAGGGCUACGAGCCCCCCACUUUUACCGGCUGGUUCAUGGCCUGGGAUCCCCUCUAUUGGAACGACAAGAAAUCCUAUGAUGAGCUGAAAGCUGAGCUGGGGGACAACGCCAGCAUUGGGCACCUCGUGUCAGGGCUCACUUCCAAGAAUGAGAUCUUCACAGCCACCACCACACUCGUCCCCACCAAGCUGGAGAUCUUACCAUUGGAUGUGCUGGUGAACACUGCAGCUGAGGACCUGCCCCGGGGCGUGGAUCCCAGCAGGAAGGAGAAUCACCUCUCCGACGAGGACUUCAUGGCUGUUUUCGGUAUGACCCGCUCUGCCUUUGCCAAUUUGCCCUUGUGGAAACAGCAGAAUCUCAAGAAGGAGAAAGGACUCUUCUAGGAGGGGAGGCUCAGCCCACAGCCAUCCCAAGCAAGCACAUUAUUUUUACUAAAUAAAAUGGAUUCGGAAUGGGG